AGAGAGUGGAAGACCACGAGGAUAUGGUUUCUGUGAAUAUCAUGAUGCAGAAACAGCAGCAAGUGCAGUUAGAAAUUUGAAUAAUGUAGAAGUUGGUGGUCGUCAACUAAGGGUUGAUUAUGCCGACGGAGAUCCAGCAGUUAAUCCUACAACAAAUAUACAAACGGAUAGAUCAAGUGUAGAAAAAUCAACACCUGUUUCAACCCAACAAACGAUUACCCCUCAAUAUAUCUCAAACAGUUCAACAGACAAUGUCUCCAGCCCAACUUCUUGA